AUGUACGUAGAUGAAGUAUUGGCGGUCAUGAGGAAUUUACAAGAUGGAAGUUCCUUUGGGGCAAGUGGUAGCCCCCUCGCGUGGGACAUUCUAGCCAGAGUCUUUCAAGACAGGUGGGCUGCCCUAAUCCAUCAAAUGUUUCCCCGCCAACGCACCCCCGUCACCUUUCCGCUAACCUGCGAGCCAAUGUUCACCGCUUGGUCUGCCUUUCCGUGCGAUGUACCUCCCCAAGUGGCAACCUCUUCUUCUAUCACAGGAGCAAAAACAACAACAACUUCAACUUCACCUUGUCAUAACACAUCAUCAACAUCACAGCCAUCGUUAUCGCCUUCCUCGUCUCCUACCGCUUCAUCGUCGUCAUUCGUGGGAUCCGAGGUUUCACCGUGCUCGACGUCCUGUGCGUAUGCUGAAGGUGCACAGCGGGAUGGACAUGUGCUUAAGAUGGUAAGGAGUGGUCCCCAGGUUACCAUUCCAUCUGUCAGGCUUCCUGAGUACCCCUGGGUCAAUGAUACCCCUCCCGUACAGAUGGAUGUCACUGGUGUGGAUCAACACCAAGAAACAGGCCCAUCUUCUGGUCGCAGAAUCCGGACAGCCUUCACGACAACACAGCUUCUUGAACUCGAGCAGGAGUUUCGUAUCAACCAUUAUCUAUGUCGUCCUCGUCGCAUCCAAAUCGCUGCGUAUCUUGAACUUUCUGAACGCCAAGUAAAGAUAUGGUUCCAAAACCGACGCAUGAAGCAGCGAAGACUAGAAUGCAAGUCACGCGGGGUUGGUAAAACCUCCUCGGCCUCAGCGACUCCCAGAUUGGACAAUGAACAAAGAGUUGGUAGUGAUCCACCAAUCAAGAACAACCUUGGUGAUGAUAAAGGAAGUGGUUCUGUAACGAGUGAUCCAUUUGGAGAGAAGUUGAAUGUAUCUACGCCACACUAUGUCGGGCGUAGUGACAGCGAAUCAAUUGAAGGGGAGAAACACCAAUGGUAUUGUGAUAUUAUGAGGAAAUGUGAUGUAUUAUGUGGCUCGCUCAUCAACGAACAAAAUGGAUGCAGUAAGUCAGGCUAAAUUGUGCAUACAUAAAUGAUAAUCAGAAAAUCCAAUU